ACACACACACAAACACCCACACAUACAUACACACACACUUCAUAAAGACAUGCAUCACAAACUUGUGGCCCACCCACAUGCCCUCCCUUAUCCCCCGUAGAGAGGCUCACCCCAUGGCCAACUGAGCACUCCCCCUCCCCUUUAAAAACUCCCUCCCCCUCUGCUUUUAUAGCCUGCCUCCAUGGAGCUGUGCAGCAGCCUGCCUCUCUGCUUUCUCUGGGACACAUCCACACCUUCACACACACUGGAACACCUGAACACUCACACACACUCUUACAGAGAGACCCGAGAGCGCACCCUCACUCUUACUCACACACAAACAUACUGGAACACCUUAACACACACACAGACACACACACUCACUCUUACUCACAUAUAAACAUACUGGAACACCUGAACACACACACACACACACACAGACACACACUCACUCACUCACUCACUGGGAUUACCUGCUCACCUGAGCACAGCUGGACUCACCUGAGCGAGUUGCCAUGGCCACUCUGAGGAUGGGGCUGACGGUGCUGUCGUGCCUGCUGGUUCUGGCCCAGCUGGGAGACGCAAAGAAAGGGCGAGGACACCGAGCAGACCUGGAGCCAGGAGAGAGGAUGGAGAUGCCGUACGUGCCCAAGUCGGUGUUCCGGUUCUACACAGGCAGAGAUUACAUGGAGGAAACCUGCGUAGUGGAGCUCUUCCAGACACACACAUUCGACGCCUGCGGCUUCAACAACACACACCCACUCGUCAUCAUCACGCAUGGCUGGUCGGUGGAUGGCAUGAUGGAGAGCUGGGUGCCCAAACUCGCCAACGCCCUAAAGACCGGACUCAAAGACGUCAAUGUCAUCAUUACUGAUUGGCUGGUGAUGGCCCACCACCAUUACCCAAUUGCAGCGACGAACACCAGGGUCGUGGGACAGGACAUAGCCCACCUGCUGCGCUGGCUGCAGGACUUUCUCCAGUACCCUGCCAAUAAGGUGCAUCUCAUUGGAUACAGCCUGGGAGCUCACAUCGCCGGGUUUGCUGGGAGUUACCUAGGAGACGCAGCACAGAUCGGACGCAUCACUGGUCUGGACCCUGCAGGUCCCCUGUUUGAGGGCAUGGCCUCCUCCGACCGCUUGUCUCCAGACGAUGCCCGCUUCGUGGACGCCAUCCACACAUUCACCCAGGAGCGCAUGGGUCUGAGCGUGGGCAUCAAGCAGCCCGUGGCUCACUUCGACUUCUACCCCAACGGGGGCGCCUUCCAGCCCGGCUGCCAGCUACACGUACAGAACCUCUACACCCACCUCGCCCAGUAUGGCCUCAUGGGAUUCGAGCAGACAGUGAAAUGUGCCCACGAGCGUUCCGUCCACCUCUUCAUCGACUCGCUGCUCAACAAAGACAAGCAGAUCAUGGCCUACCGUUGCCGCGACGACAGCGCCUUCGAAAAAGGUGUGUGUCUGGACUGUCGGAAGAACCGCUGUAACAUGCUGGGGUACAACAUCAAGAGGGUGCGCACGGCCACCAGCAAGAAGCUCUUCCUCAAGACCCGCGCCCAGAUGCCCUAUAAACUGUACCACUACCAGUUCCGUAUCCAGUUCAUCAACCAGAUCGAGACCACAGACCCCUCUCUCACCAUCACACUCACAGGAACCAAAGGGGACAGCGAGCAGCUGCCAAUCAACUUCAUUGAGGAGAUCUCUGGCAAUAAGACCUACUCCUUCCUCAUCACCCUGGACAUGGACAUCGGCGAGCUGAUGAUGCUGAAAUUCCACUGGGAGGGCCGUCCCGUGUGGACCAACGUGUGGAACCGCAUGCAGACCUUCAACCCGUGGGGCAAGGACGCCAAGGGGCCGCGGCUCACCGUCGGCAAGAUCCGCGUCAAGGCCGGGGAGACGCAGGAGAAGACGUGGUUCUGCGCUCAAACGGAGGACGGGGUAUACAUCCAGCCCGCGCAGGAGAAAGUGUUUGUGCGCUGCCAGGUGGAGCGUGAGAGACAGAGGCGCACCAAAAUACACAGCCGGUACAACACGGGAAUGUGACAUAAUGUGCGUUCUUGUUCGCAUCAUCCUCUGGGACGUUUUUUUUUUUUUUACAAAAAGUGUCAAUAGACACUAGAAAUCGUGGAAACGUGUUCAACACUGAAUACCUCUGAUAUUCGUGGGUAUUUUCGUCUGAAAUGUAUAACCUUUAUCUAAACCAUGCUAUGCUAUAAUAUGCAUAUAAUAUAUGCAUAAAGCCCAUUGUAUUAUAACAUGUAUUAUUACUCUAUAUUACCCUUUAUUUUACUAUUGGUGAACAUUAAACAUAAAAGUUCUUAUAAGUGUAACACAAGUAGUAAGAGUCCCUUCAUCAGGUUCCGUCUUUAAGUUUUGAAAGUGAUUUUAAUACUUUCCAGAACCUGUGACAUUUGGAUGCUAAAACAUCUGAUGUAACUCUUUCCUUAUUCACUAUUCACCCUUACAGCCACUCACUCUGGAGUAGACUCUGCUCCGAUCUGGCAGGGAUCGAUCGUGUGUGUGUGUGUGUGUGUGUGCGCGCAAGAGAGAAAGUGUGUGUCUCUUGGAGGACAUUUGGCUGGGGUAACACAGGGGGCGGAACCUAUCGAUGGACUGAGAUUGAUGUAAAAAAAGGGGUGGAAGGCUAUAUGAAUCUGCAGAGUGAGCGUGUGAGUGUGAGUGUGAGUGUGAGUGUGUGUGUGUGUGUGAAGGAUAGGACGUGAGUCAACCACCAAACUGGAUGUACGUAUUUGCCAAAUGAAUGUCUGGGUUGAGAGGGACUUGGUUAACAUCUGUGCUGACCACUGUGGAUGGUGUAAGCAGAGACGCCUCUACUAUAAAGAUUCAAGAUAACAGGAGGUGAACUAUAUGCUUAAUACUGGGAUGGGAGGGGGGACAAGAAGAGAGAAGGAGGGAAGG